AUGGUUAAUGUUAUCAAGUCACGUACAUCAUCGAAAUCUAUUCAACAUAUGCCACGACGUUUAUUUUUUCUUUUUUUAAUUCUUAAUACAGUUAAUUCAACUAUAUCAUUCGGAUGUUUACCAUCAUUGAGUACGUAUGCUUUAUUACCCUUUGGUCAGAAAGCAUUCUAUUAUUGGAGUGUUCUGCUUCCGAUUGCUUAUCCACUUGCAUUACUACUAAGCAUAUACUGGAAACAUGUUUCGAAUCAUGUAAUCGUCCUUCAAUCAAUAUUUAAUUGGCUACUUGCUACUUUCAUUUUUAUUAUUGCUAGACAAAGUCCAUGCCCAUGGUUAGCAGAUACAAUACAAGGUGCUUUGAUGAUUAUUACAGUAUGGUUUAUAAUGUCAUUAACAAGUGGUUUUCUACGAAUAACAAUUGGUAAUCGCAUUAAAAGUGAAUGGGAAGAUGAUAAGGGUAUGUUUUACUAUGGUGGAACAGUUCAAUUAGGAUUAUUAUUAGGAACUAUACCCAUAUAUAUAUUAAUUAAUGUAUUUGGCGUUUUUAUAGAUCGAAAACCAUGUCGAGCAUAUUGUUUUUCCUGA